GUUAAGGUUUGUUUCCUGACUAACCUUCCUCCUGAUAAAUUACACCAGUUUCUUCUCUAUCUCUCCCUCCCUCUCCCUGAGCAGUUCUGGCAGUAUGGUGAGUGGGUGGAGGUGGUUGUGGACGACAGGCUGCCAGUGCGUGAAGGCCGUCUGCUCUUCAGCUACUCUCACACCCGUAAUGAGUAUUGGAGCGCCCUGGUGGAGAAGGCCUACGCCAAGUUAGUCGGAUCAUACGGAAGCCUGAAGGGGGGCAACAUCUCAGAGGGGAUGGAGGACUUUACAGGAGGCAUCGCAUACUCGCUGCAGGUCUCAUCCUGCACCCCUCGAGUCCUCUGGAGGUCUCUGACAGCCGCCCUGUCUCGAGGAAGCCUGCUCAGCUGCUUCAUCCAGGCCAGCAGCUACCUUGAAAUCGGUAAAGUGACAGGAAACGGGCUGAUAAAAGGUCACGCAUACGCCAUCACCGACACCGACAAGGCCAGUAUGACUCAGUUUUCCGCAAAGACUUCCAAACAACGUCAUUUUAUCUUCUAAUUCAUUUUCAUA